AUGCAGGUUUUUGCGGCCGACUGCUACUUCGGCGUGGUUGCAAUGCUGCUCAAUGCGCUGCCGGCUAUCGAGUUUGAGCAUGGCCUGGAUUUGGCGCAAGAGGUGUUCCUUAGUGCUGUCGACAUGCUGGAGCGGAACAACAACACCGAAGCUGCAAAUUGGACCAUCCCGCGGGAGCCCCUGGAGCGACAGUUUCCGCUCUUCCUUGGUCUACAGGCAAACGACUGCGCAGGUGCCAAGUUCCGUGUCUAUGUCUACGAAUCGCAGCAGUACUCUCUAGGCUCAGUCUUCUGUUCUGCCGGACAGUGGGGGGUGGAGGUGCUGCUGCAUCGAUUCUUCGCCUCUGGCUCUUGCCGGACCCUGAACGCCGACGAGGCCGAUCUCUUCUUGGUGCCUGACUACCGCGCUUGUCACAUCCAUCUCGCCCCCAACUACCAGCACAAGGGCUUGACACUACUGGAAGGUGACGAUUACCACUCCCAGGUGAUCCGAAACCACAAGGACAAGUACCGGCGUCCGGAGGAAGCCGAAAGCAGCUUUCUGGGCCUGAUCCAGACCUUGCCGCACUUUGAUCGCAAGAAGGGCAUGGACCACAUCUUCAUCUUCUCGGAUCAAGGCUUCAUCGUGAACUUCACCCACACCUUCCCCUCCUGGCGGGACCACAUCCCGCAUUCCAUCUUUCUCACGACAGAGGCCUUCACCCCGGGCUGCGGCCCAGGGUGCUUCUCACCCUGGAAGGAUGCCGUCAUACCAGGCCACAUCGACCUGGAUCGGAUGGAGCGCAUCCGAAGCUUCAACCAGCCUUCCAGCAACAGAAGUCUGCUGUUCAACUUCCAUGGCCGCCUUCCGGUGAACCACGACUACUACGAGAAGGUUGGUGUUCGUCGAGCGCUUCUCCAGUUCGCGGAGCUGCCGCAUGUGAGCGUGGGUGGCUUCAUCGAGGAGUACUUUGAAGUCAUGGGCAAAAGCCAUUUCUGCCUGGUUCCGGAGGGUACAUCCUCGUGGACGAACCACCUCUACGAAAGCUUCUUCGCUGGCUGCAUCCCAUUGAUUCUUUCGGAUCGCUAUGUCCUGCCCUUCCAGGAUCUGAUCGACUGGCCCUCCAUCAGCAUACGCUGGCCGCAGGAAGCAGUUUCGCUGGAGAUGUACAUGUACGUUAAGGAGCUCGUCGGCAAGCGUCGCCCACUAGUGGAAGCCAUCAAGCAGCGAGUGGACGAACAUGCCUGUUGGUUUGACUUCUAUCGCUUUGACCGGGACUGCUCGCCAUAUCGUGGUGUGGUUCACGACCUGGAGCGGCGCCACCAGAGCAUGCCGAAGUACUUACAUCCACACCACUGGAUGCUCUAG